GUUAUUAUAAGGUAGUAUUCGCCAAGUAACCAGCAUCCGUAUCUGCAUUAGCACCGCCUGAUCUUGGUAUUUAGGUCCGUAGUGGGUACUCUCAUAGGAGACACGUUUUGCUAUUAUUAGUUGUAGAACGAGCUGCGCAGGAUGAUGUAACACGGGCAUGGAAUAGCUCGUUCAACGUUGCCUAUCGCGGAAGAAGCUCCAGAAUCAGCCCUAAACCUCAUGCAGAUGUUACGUAUCGUAGAACGUCCAGGGGUACGAUGUGCUUUUGCUGAUUUUUUACCGAGGAUGCGUGGACAUGCACCCCACGACCAAUAUCCUUCCCGACAAAAGGAAGAAUAUCACACAAACCUGCAAUUGGAAGAGAAACCAACUUCCUAAUACAAGGUUUUUCCAUCUCCGACAACUAUUAUGGCUGAGAAUCCUAGUCAAAGUUCACCUGCCAUUACGGCCGAAUUGUGCGAAUGGGUAAACUCACUGCAAUUAGCGGAUAUCCCGGACGAUGUGGUAACAAGGACAAAAUACCUAGUCCUCGAUGGGUUAGGGUGUGCGAUUAUCGGGUCACGUUUGCCGUGGUCGGAAACGGGCACCAGGGCAGUUCUCUCUAUGGAAUCCGCCGGUUCGUGCUCAGUGUGGGGAUGGAAUAAGAAAGUCGGUCCGUUGGCAGCGGCGCUUCUCAAUUCAUCCUUCAUUCAAGCCUUUGAAUUAGAUGACUUCCACUCAGAAUCUCCAAUACAUUCCUCGUCUGUAGUGCUUCCCGCACUCUGCGCACUUGUUCAACAUGAUCAUUCAUCAAUAACUGAUUCACAAUUCCUACUUGCGGCAUUGAUCGGCUAUGAAGUUGGUCCACGAAUCGGCUUUGGUUUAUGGGGUGGUGACAUUCUCAGCCGUGGAUGGCAUUCCGGGGCUGUGUUUGGACCUGCAGCAGCAGCUGCCGCAUCUUCAAAGCUCUUGGGUCUCAGUGUCGAGAAGAUCGAAGAUGCAAUUGGCAUUGCUUGCACACAAGCUUGUGGGCUUAUGAGUGCGCAAUACGGUUCUAUGGUGAAGCGUAUGCAACAUGGCUUUGCUUCACGCAAUGGUCUAUUUUCAGCCAUCAUGGCGUCUCAAGACUAUACUGGCAUUGAUAAAGUUCUUGAGACUCCUUAUGGCGGGUUUAUCUCUACUUUUGGGAAUGGUGGAACACGGGAUCCACCUACAACACCUCACCGGAUCACUGAGAACCUAGGGAAGAAUUGGGAGCUUCAGAACAUCAAUGUGAAGCCUUAUGCCAGUAUGGCCGCCACACACGGAACCAUUGACUGUAUUAGGAAGGUUCAAGAACAGCAUCCGGACGUCUUGAGUGAUGUGGAGGCGAUAGAUGAAAUUGUCGUAGAGAUGUCGGAACCGGCAUUCAAAAAAGGUGGCUGGUCACCAAAACGACCGGUUGAGAUGACAAGUGCGCAAAUGAGUGCACCGUAUGCUGCGGCAUCUCAGAUUGUAGAUGGAGCUGUUCUUGUAGGACAGUUUACUCCCGCCAGCCUUGACCGUGAUGAGGUAUGGAAGUGGGUAGACAAGAUCCAGUGUGUGCACAACACGGAAUUCAACAAAGAUAAGAAGACCAUGUGGUUUCAACGGAUGACGACCACUUUCAAAGACCAGACAAGAGAGAAGAUAGAGGUCUUCGUGGAGGCACCGAGAGGUGUGAAACCGCUGCUGACCAAUGAAGAGAUACGGGAGAAAUGGAAAAUGCUUACAGGGGGUAUUAUUGACGUAGAAACACGGGAUAGAAUCGAGCAGAUAGUGCUCUCUCUAGGAAGCGGAGCAGAUUUGGCUGAGCUAGUUGAGUUGUUAGGCCGAGAUACUGAAAAGUUGCGUGGUUUCUGAUCGACACAUAAGAAAUACAUAGAUAGUCGGGCUAGAAUUGGGCAUAUACUGACGGCUUGAGCGCAGAAAAUUAAAAAAAAAAAAUUCUAUCUUGAUUAUCACACCAUGCUGUUCAUUCGAGAUAUGCAGUUGAAUUUUAGUCUAGGACGGAUCUUGGUAUGAUUGGAUGCUUAUCAAAAAACAAUCCGCGGCGGAGCUACCGACCUUCAGCUACUUAUAUAAGUACCCCCAUGCACAC